GCCACCCAACAACCAGUUCCUCCGUUAUUUCCACCAACCCCCAGAAACAACAACAAAAAGAAGCCAGGGACGGGGGAAGAAAAAAAAAAAUACAAUGACAGAUCUCAUCCCCAGAAUCACCCAGUUCGUGGUAGAAUGCAUGAAAGCCCAUGACCCCUCACAUAACCCAGCACACAUCCACCGCGUUGUCUCUUUAGCCCUGUCAAUUCUCAAAGCCGAACAGUCCCUCCCAAAUGCUCGCAAGUACGAUCCUGAAAUCGUACAUCUUGCUGCUCUGCUGCACGAUAUCGGAGAUAGGAAGUACUUGCCGCAGGUUCUUGCGAGUACAUCUGCUUCUGCUUCUGGAUCCAGCAAGGACAAACCAGUAGAAGCAACGCAGCUCGUCAAAACCGCACUGCUAUCCCACGGUGCGAGCGCCACACUGGCAUCCAGAGUCCAAGCCAUUGUCUCUGCAGUGUCGUACACUAGCGAGUGCAAGGAUCCCUUGUUGGCGCGCCGCCUCAUCGACGAAGAAGGAUACCCCGAGCUAGCGAUUGUGCAGGAUGCCGAUCGACUAGAUGCCAUAGGUGCAGUGGGAAUCGGGCGGUGCUUUACGUUUCUUGGGGCGAAGGGGAAAGGCAUGGCGGAGGCGAGUGGGGGGGGAUGGGAGAUGCAGAACUCGAUUGAACAUUUCGAGGAAAAGUUGGAGCGCUUGGAGGGGAUGAUGAAGACGGAAACGGGGAAGAAGAUGGCCAGACGGCGGACGGAAAGGCUGGUGGAGUUUCGGGGAUGGUGGGAGGAGGAGAUGAGGGAGGCUGCGGGUGAUUGGUCUUCUUCGUUCUCUUCUUAGGUGUUAGAUACCUAUAUAGAUAGUGUGAAAAAGAGACAAAUACAUCUAUAU